CCAUAACGCCACGGUGGUGGAGGGAAGCCGGCCGGCAAGAUGAUUUGCUGCUGCGGUGGCGCGGAGGAGGAGACGUACGCGGCCGCGCCUGCCAGCCGUCACCCAGCAGCGCCUACGUCCCAGAAUAAUGCAGGCAGGUUUCGGGAUUCUUAGCAGAAAGGUGACAACGAUGAAUGAUUCAGUCUUUGCGAUGAUAGGAAAGUUGCAUUGUAAAUGUAGCAAAAAAUUUGAAAAGAAAUGUAGCAAAAAUUGUUCCUGCUUUUCCUGGCUAUCGACACCAGGGAUUCAGACGCCAACCUUUCGCCCCGAUGCAAAAAUUCAGCGUGGCGCAUUUUAUAAGAGCCGUUGCAUUUUCAGACUUUAGACAAAACCAUGUUCAGGACAGGUGAUCCAGUAGAUCAGUUUUUGUAUACGCAGACAUCAAAUUCAGCAACCGAGUACCAGUAGCCAAUUCCCUGAGCACUUGGCGCCUGAAAAACUCAUGUGUUAGCUUGCUGCAAUGCCAGCCCCCGGCAAGCCGAGAGGACCCAAUGCGCCGAGGACCGGCGGCCCGCCGAAGGUCCUCCCCGUCGACGUGCCCGCCAUGUCCAUGGGCGAGCUGAACAGCAUCACCGGUAAGUUCGGCCAGAAGGCCCUCAUAGGGGAAGGCUCCUACGGCAAAAUCUACAAGGCCGUGCUCGCCUCCGGGGAGCCCGUCGCCAUCAAGAAGCUCGACCCCAGCGUGUCCAGCGAUUCCCUCGCAGACUUCUCCUCCCAGCUGUCGAUGGUCUCGAGGCUGAAGAACGAGUACUUCCUCCAGCUGAUGGGCUACUACCUGGACGACAGCCACAGGAUCCUCGUCUACCAGUUCGCCUCAAACGGCUCCCUGCACGACACCCUGCACGGCAAGAAGGGCGUGAAGGACGCGACGCCGGGGCCGGUGCUGAGCUGGGCGCAGCGGGUGAAGAUCGCGUACGGCGCGGCGAGGGGACUCGAGUACCUGCACGAGAAGGUGCAGCCGUCCAUCGUGCACCGGGACGUGCGCUCCAGCAACGUCCUCCUCUUCGACGGCUACGAAUCCAAGAUCGCCGACUUCAACCUCACCAGCCAGCCGCCCGACGGCGCCGCGCGGCUGCACUCCACGCGCGUCCUGGGGACCUUCGGCUACCAUGCCCCCGAGUACGCGAUGACGGGAGUCUUGACGCAGAAGAGUGAUGUGUACAGCUUUGGAGUGAUACUCCUGGAGCUACUGACCGGCAGGAAGCCCGUGGACCACACCAUGCCCAAGGGGCAGCAAAGCCUUGUAACAUGGGCGACGCCGAGGCUGAGCGAGGACAAGGUCAAGCAAUGCGUGGACCCGAAGCUGGGGGAGGAUUAUCCUCCGAAAGCAGUAGCGAAGUUGGCAGCGGUGGCGGCGUUGUGCGUGCAGUACGAGUCCGAUUUCCGGCCGAACAUGACCAUCGUGGUGAAGGCGUUGCAGCCUCUUGUCAGGGCAGCCGCAGCCGCAGCUGAGGGGCCUAGCAGUACAUGAUAGACGACACACAACCAUCUCUAUCUCCAGCACCAGUACUCAAACCUGUUCUUGUGUAACUGCCACUUUUUGCGUACAUCUUCAGUGGUUGUAAUGUAAUUAACAUGUACUCACUGAUCGAUCUGCAAAGGAUUCAAAUGUUCAUCAU